UACCACAUCAUCACUGCGAUACUUUCCGCUACUUGGUCACUCAUGGCGGCGGCGAUGACGACAACCACAUUCUCCUCCGUGGCAUCUACCAAAUCCUCCUCAUCGCCGUUGAUGUCUCUCAAAACGCCACCAAAAACCCUAGGCUUUAGUGUAGGGUUUAUUUCUUCCAAAACUUCCUUCAAAUCCCUCCAAACUCGUGUGUUUUCUUCCAAUGGUGGUUCUGGUUCUGCUAUGGGAGCUCGUAUGGUUUCAGCGCCAGCGAUUAUCAAGUCACCGGAUUUGCUCGAUUUCGACACCUCUGUUUUCAAAAAGGAGAAGAUUAACCUUGCUGGUUAUGACGAGUACAUUGUGAGAGGAGGAAGAGAUUUGUUUCAUUUGUUGCCUGAUGCCUUUAAAGGUAUUAAGCAGAUCGGUGUUAUCGGUUGGGGUUCUCAGGGUCCUGCUCAAGCUCAGAAUCUAAGGGAUUCUCUAGCAGAAGCAAAAUCUGAUAUUGUAGUGAAGAUUGGCUUAAGAAAGGGUUCUAGUUCAUUUGCUGAGGCACGUGCUGCUGGUUUUACUGAAGAAAAUGGGACUCUUGGAGAUAUUUACACCACUAUUUCGGGUAGUGACUUGGUCCUGCUCUUGAUAUCUGAUUCAGCUCAGGCUGAUAACUAUGAGAAAAUCUUCUCACACAUGAAGCCUAACAGCAUACUUGGACUUUCCCAUGGWUUYCUUCUYGGWCAYYUGCAAUCARYYGGYCUUGAUUUCCCCAAGAAURUMAGCGUGGUUGCUGURUGUCCCAAAGGAAUGGGUCCAUCWGUKAGGAGGCUGUAYGUCCAAGGAAAGGAGAUCAAUGGAGCUGGGAUCAACGCAAGCUUUGCUGUCCAUCAGGAUGUUGAUGGCAGAGCCACUGAUGUUGCACUUGGAUGGUCAGUUGCUCUUGGUUCACCGUUUACAUUUGCAACUACACUAGAGCAGGAGUACAAGAGCGAUAUAUUUGGGGAACGAGGUAUUUUACUUGGUGCUGUACAUGGUAUUGUGGAGUCGUUGUUUAGAAGAUACACAGAAAAUGGCAUGAGUGAAGACUUGGCUUACAAGAAUACAGUAGAGUGCAUCACUGGGGUAAUAUCACGCACGAUAUCAACUAAGGGCAUGAAGGCGGUGUAUGAGUCGCUGUCAGAAGAAGGCAAGAAAGAUUUCUUGAGGGCAUACAGCGCUUCCUAUUAUCCCUGCAUGGACAUCUUGUAUGAGUGCUACGAGGAUGUAGCCAGCGGCAGCGAGAUUCGGAGUGUUGUUUUGGCUGGUCGUCGCUUUUAUGAAAAAGAGGGUUUGCCAGCCUUCCCAAUGGGCAAAAUUGAUCAGACUCGGAUGUGGAAAGUUGGUGAACGUGUUCGUUCUAACCGUCCAGCUGGCGAUUUAGGGCCAUUAUAUCCUUUCACCGCAGGUGUCUAUGUGGCAUUAAUGAUGGCCCAGAUCGAGGUAUUGAGGAAGAAAGGACACUCUUAUUCUGAAAUCAUCAACGAAAGUUUGAUCGAAUCUGUUGAUUCCUUGAAUCCGUUCAUGCACGCUCGAGGUGUUUCUUUCAUGGUGGACAACUGUUCGACGACCGCAAGAUUGGGAUCAAGGAAAUGGGCUCCACGUUUCGACUACGUGCUCACCCAACAGGCUUUGGUUGCCGUAGACAAUGACACCCCAAUCAACCAGGACCUUGUCGCAAACUUCUUUGAAGAUCCCGUGCACGAAGCAGUCAAAGUGUGUGCAGAGUUGAGACCGACUGUCGAUAUCUCGGUGCCUGCAGACGCUGACUUUGUGAGACCCGAGCUGCGUCAAUCGAGCAACUAAAAAGCCAUGAAUGAGGUCAGACCUAGGCCUAUCAUAGUGUUGCUAUUUUACGUAUAAUGUACUUGUUAUCGAUGUGAUAUCACCGUUUUGUCGGAUUUUGUAAUUCUGGAAUAAUGCAAGUUUCCGGUGGUCUAUUAUGAGCAACAAGGAUCUAUCAUAUUAGAAUAAGAAGAUUUAUCGGAUGUGAACACGGGUCGCACCAAACUGGCUCUUUAUGACAAACGAUCUCAACCGAUCAUUUGGUAAGAUCACGUUGAUAGACGCUGGCU